AUGCUUGAUCCAACGUCAACUAUAACCGAUACUGGUGGUGGCCAAGGCCAAACAUCAAACAAAAAUAUCAAUCCAUUUAUACGUCCAAGAAUUUUAUUAACUGGUCUUCGUCGUUCAGGUAAAACAUCGAUACAACGUGUUAUAUUUACAAAAAUGCAGCCAUCACAAACACAAUUUCUUGAAUCAACAUCACAUUUAACAUUGAACCAAUUUUCAUGUGGAUCAUUUAUUAAUUUUCAAGUACAAGAAUUACCCGGUCAAUUACAAAUAUAUCCAGGACCAAAUAGUGGCAAUGGCGGAAACAAUGUCCAAGCAUCGUCAUAUGAUGAUGAUUCAAUGACAAGUAUAAUUGGUGGAAGUUAUGAUUUAGAACGUUUAUUAAAACGGUGUAAUGCUGUUGUAUAUAUAAUUGAUGCUCAAGAUGAUUAUUCAGAGUCAAUAACACGUUUAAAUACGAUUAUACAAAAAGGUCGACGAAUUAAUCCUCGAAUACGAUAUGAAAUAUUUAUACAUAAAGUUGAUCAAUUAUCUGAAGAAACUAAAAUUGAAACCCAAAGAGAUAUUCAUAAUCAGGUACGAGAUCGUUUUGCUGAUCCUAUUGGUGGAAUGGAAUCAUGGUCGCCAGCAUCCCCAAUGCCAAACUCAAGUUCUCAAGACGUUCUUAUAAAUUUUCAUUUAACAUCCAUCUAUGAUCAUUCAAUAUUCGAAGCAUUUUCAAAAGUAAUACAAAAAUUAAUCCCAGAAUUCGCCCAUUUAGAACGUUUGCUCAAUUAUUUAUUAUCAACAUCGAAUAUUGAACAAGCAUUUUUAUUUGAUGUUCAAACUAAAAUAAGUAUUGCUACUGAUUCAUCGCCUACCGAUAUGCAAAUGUAUGAAUUAUGUUGUGACAUGAUUGAUCUAUUAAUAAAUAUGAGUGAAAUUUAUGGACAACCAAAUGAAGAUGGUAGUCAGAGAGUAACAGAUGAUGAUGAUGACGAUGAAGACGAAGAUUAUUUUAAUGAUGGUUCUGAUCAUAAUCAGGGACAUGAGUGGAAUAUUGUAACUCAAAAUGACGAAUAUGAUGAAAAUAAUAUACCAUUAAAUAGCUCAAGAAAAAGUUCAUUUGUUAAUAGCCCAUUAGAUACAACACCGAUAAUAAAUCAUGCACAAUCAACACUAUUAGAAACAACAAGUGAACCAGCAUCAGCUGUAUUUGAUUCAAUGUCAUCAAGUGUUAUUAAAUUAACCGGUGGUCGAGCGCUUUAUUUGAAAGAAAUCAAUCGUCAUUUAGCGUUGAUAUGUAUUCUACGUGAAGAAGCACUUACAAAACAAGCACUUAUUGAUUAUAAUGUAAGACAAUUGAAAAAAUCGAUUAUAAAAUUAUUUCGUUUAAAUUAUCAAGCAUCGCGACCUAAUGCUCCAUCAUCGCACUUAGUUGAAUAA